CCUUUCUGUACCCUGUCUCUACUGUAUUGAGAUCAGAUUCGUGCCUUUGUGCGCAACGACACAACCCUAAUGGCUUCAUAGCAGUUGCAGAAUUCCGAUGUUCUGCACCAGGAACGGGCCAGCCCAGUUCGCGCUAACAGCUCGUCUCCAAAUGCGGCCGGGACUGGCAAGCAUAGCGGCGGAGAUGCUGAGCGGUGUCACCGGCAGGGCCGGGCCGAGGAUCGGCAGCCUCUUACUGACUCCCGCAAGCAAAACAUUACCGGCGUUGCAGUCUGGCACCGGGAAUCACAGAUUCCGGUCCACAUCAUCAGCGCAGGGUGUCUCAGAACUGGCAAGAGAGCGGUCUAAGACUGUCACUUCCUUUUAUAACCAGUCCGCCAUCGAUGUUUCUGCAGAGAAGGCCUCAGUCCGGUUGACCUUAGCGACCCUGCUGUAUUCUGGGAAGUCUCCUGAUGGACACCACAUCUUGAGCAGUGGCAAGUACCUUCACAAGGAGCUGCCUGUGCGGAUCGCCCAUCGCAUCAAGGGCUUCCGCAGUCUGCCCUUCAUCAUCGGCUGCAACCCAACCAUUCUCCAAGUGCACGAGCUGUACAUCAGAGCCUACCACAUGCUCAGCGACUUUCCACAGAUCAAGGACCAGGAGGUCGAGGCUCGUUUCUGUAAACUGGUGCAGCAGCUGCUGGACGACCACAAAGACGUGGUGACCAUGCUGGCCCAGGGCUUCCGGGAGUGUCGACGACACAUCCAGGAUGAGACCAUCAUCAGGAACUUCUUGGAUACAACGCUGUGUUCCCGACUGGGAAUCCGAAUGUUAGCCACACACCAUCUGGCUCUUCAUGAAGAAAAUGCCGAUUUUGUGGGGAUCAUUUGCAGACGCCUUUCUCCUAAAAAGAUCAUCGAGAAGUGGGUGGACUUUUCCAGGCGUCUGUGUGAACACCAGUACGGUAAUUCUCCCCGGGUCCGGAUCAACGGACACGUGGCGGCCCGGUUCCCCUUCAUCCCGCUGCCGCUGGACUACAUCCUGCCAGAGCUCCUCAAGAACGCCAUGAGAGCCACCAUGGAGAGCCACCUGGACACUCCGUACAACGUCCCCGAUGUGGUCGUCACUAUCGCCAACAACGACAUCGACUUUGUCAUCAGGAUAUCAGACCGUGGCGGCGGCAUCCCCCACAAAAUAAUCGACAAAGUGAUGGAUUACCACUUCAGCACUGCGGAGGAGAGUGUGCAGGACCCCCGCAUGAGCAACCUGUUCAACACCAUCACUAACAGCGGCAACCAGUCCAGCCCAAUGCAUGGAUUUGGUUUCGGCUUGCCCACAUCCAGAGCCUACGCGGAGUACCUCGGCGGCUCCCUGUCCGUACAGUCCAUGCAGGGCAUCGGCACCGACGUCUACCUGCGUCUGCGCCACAUCGAUGGCAAAGGAGAAAGCUUCAGAGUGUAAAAGUCACUCCCUGUAGGUCCAAACGAAGGAAUCAGGCCACGUUAGAAGGUUUUCUUCCCCAUGUGAAGGCAGGCAGAGAUGAGGUUAUGUGUCUGCUGAGUGGCAGCCUUCAGAUCACUGUCAGAUCUUCUUUGUUUCGCCUUUUACUGAUUAUAAGCUAUGUUAGCUCUCGAUUUAAUGAUUUCGGUUGUGUUUUGUGUUUUGCAGCCUGUGGCAUGUCAUCUCUUAAGAUUUGGCGGUUCAUGAAUUCUUGAAUGUUUUUGUUCAUUGGGAACUUUCUCUUAAAAGAAGAAGCUUCAUCAUUUCAAAGCUUCACGUUGAAUUCUCAACAAGGUCAGCUCACAGAUUUCAUGAAUCAUCACCGCAUUCAUGUUUUUUUUUUCUUCUUUCAAAAUCUAAAGCCUACCUGGGAAAAAGGGUUAGAUUGGAAGCAGUAAAUGGAAGUUUUUAAAGGAGUUUUGGAUCUUGUGGCUUUAAUAAAAAACCCACAUGAAACAUAAACAUUCAAACUGCCAAAACUCAAGUUGCUUUCAGUCUUUAAGUUAGAAGAAACUUAAAUCUGUUUUCUGGGCUGGAGAUGUUCAUCUGCCUUACUGUGCAACUGAACUGCAUGAUGACUUUUUACUUUCCUUUUUUUGAAAUGUUUUAUUCUACUGUCUGAUGCCUUCAUCGGUUCACACAGAUGCACACCGUAGUAUUCAAACACAUCCGUCUUUAUUAUUAGGUUUUGUGUGAUGUUGCUUGGCUCUCGCACUGACCACAGCCGUUUUUGACCUUUCUGGAACAGCUCACAAGCUAACAAUGUACCAGAGAAGUGUUUUUUUUUUUUUUCAAAAUGUUUCAUUAGAAGUUUGCGGUCUUUGAGAUAGGCUUCCAUUUGAUCAUGUUUAUGAAAAGCUAACCAACUGAGUUUGUUGCACUGUAAUACUUUUAUUUUUGAUCGUUUGCAUUCAUUCGGCUAAGUUGUAGCUUGAGUCAGUCGGGUUCCCAGUGAGGGUGAAGUGUGCACACCUCCAAAUUGGACAUGCGGUUGCGGGGAGUCCAAUAGAAAUGAUCAAAUUCUCCGUCUCCUGCUUCACUCAGUUCUCAGCCUUGAUCGGAUCUGAGAGCCCAGCCAAAAUACAUGGAAGGUUAUGAAUAUUGUUGAUGAAACCCUAUAUCUGCAUUGUAUUAUGCUGAUUCAAAAACACUUGAUUGUAUUUCUUCUUUCUUUCGUGUGGAUGAAACUGCUGGUUGGGGUACAGAAACCUCUCAUUUGAAGGAGAAUACCACAGACAAAGCAUCUAUGUUGGAUUAAUCAGGCAAAUAAGGAUAGAAAGCAGAAGUUAUUAACUAAGAGCUCUCUAAAAAGAUGUUUUAAUAUUAGAUUUAGCAGAUUUUCAACAUCUGGCCUCAGAGUUGAAAAGGAAAAGAAAGCGAAGAUGUUGAAGUUUUGUUCUUGAAUGUACAAAAGUGACUAAAUUUUUCCCCUUUGGUCAAAGAAAUAGUAAAAAAAAAAGAAAAAAAAAAGCCUUGACUCAUGUGGGUCAGGAAUUUACAACAUAAUAAACACUAUGAGCACUCCCAUGAUUGUGGCGAACAUUCCCCAGAGUGAUGCUGUUGUUAUGCAGCAGAUCCUCCUGAAUGCUACACUCACAUUGUCUUUUUCACGUAGCAAAAACUUCUAAUUGCUGCAUUCACUGUCGUCCUUUAAAUGUGAAAGGGCGUCAGGAACCCAGCUUGAUCCCACGUGUUUGCAGCUUUCCACAGUAAAAACUCCAAAGUUUUUUUUUGAGUGACAUAAAAACCACAAAUAAGAUGCUCAAUAAGAUGCUUAGCAGCUUUUUAGUUGCUGUCAACAUGUCUCCUGGGCAUUUGUAAAGUUUACACAGACAUUUAAAUGAAUUGUUGGCUUGUGAGGUGUUGUGAACGUGUUUUAUUUGUAAAAUAGAAAACAUUUCCUUUCAUUUUUAAAAGGCUGCAGUAUUUAUUUCUCACUUUAUUGCGAAAGAUCAUUAUCAGUACCUACAUUUCUUAGUUAAAUGGUGUAACUAAUGGAAGUUAUGACGAUGGGGGGUAAAAAAUGUAGCUUACGCCUAUAAAGCAUGAAUAGUUUACUAGCAUCUUUAUUCUAAAGUAUUGCUGAAACAAUGUUGAAGGGAGAUUUUCAAUUUGAUGGUGUCAUAAAAUGUGCACUGUUGCCCUCUGCUGGUCUAAAAGAGUUGAAGCAGGGAGAAAACUGAAGAUAAAAAGGCUAUUUCUUUCCCUAUUUUCUUUUUUUGUUUUCGAAUCGGUUACUAGAUUUUUAAGUUAAAAUAGAAUGUGAUUUGAAAAUAGUUAUGUUACUGAAAAAAUCUGCUGCCAUGAGGAGUUCUGUCUUCUGGACUAACGCUGGUUUCUCAUAAAUUUUGUUUUGUCCAAGAUUUUGUAGAAAUUAAAUUUUGUCUAUUCA